AUGAAGACAAAGACCAUGAUCGUCUUGGCUGUGCAAAAUGUUAAGAUCAGGACUUGUCUACUAGUCUUAGCAUUACAAAAAGUGGAAGACCAAGAUGAUGGUGAUGCCGAUGGCAACUAUACCCCUCCCGCUGACUUUGGGGGCGACUCAUUGUUUCAAGCAGACUUUUCGGAUCCCGCGGAUUUGAUCCAAAUCGAGCCAAAUGAACCAUUGUCUGGAGAAGAUGUACCAGUAUGGUGGCCGAAUCAACGGACGCCAGAAAUCAGCAGAAUCGAGGAAUGGACCCUGGACACCAUGCCCGAUUCCCGUGAUGGACGUUUUCUCCACAGUACAAUGAAGUCUCAAAGCAAACGGAAUAAUCAAGUAGAGCUUGAUUGCUUUCAACUUUCCGGCGAAUUGCCUGAUUCCGAUGAUGAACUGUCCAGGGAGCACUACAGACCUGGAUUAUCGUCCUCGUCUGGAAAUCGGGAUUUUGCAGAGUUCGGAGAACAACACCCUCUUGGAUUUGACAGAACUAGAUCUGAACAUGGAACUCCUGGCAUGCUUGCAAAUCUGAAUCCCGCAGAACUCGCCAUCUUCGAAACCGAAUAUCCUGAACUGGAUCCACAGAUGUUCAGGACAGGUCCAGUGUUUCUUGACGAACCGACGCACGUCUCACAAGGAAGCCAAAGGUCGUGGAGAAAUGUAGAUGGAUCCAGCCUGCGAUGUCCUACUCCAUCUGAUCGUUCCGAUAACCUGACGGGCAUAUCUACGGGUGUAUCGCAAUCGAGUGGUUAUCAGAAUCAACGAGUACAGGAGUCUCAGCGAAUACAAGAACAACUAUCGCGACGAGUACAAGAAAGAUCGCAACGAAUGCAAGAACAACAAUCGCUGCGAAUUCAAGAACAACACUCGCAACGAAUGCAAGAACAGCUGCCUCCACGAAUACAAGAUCAGCACAUACAAUCAGGAAUGAGCCGGGAAAUUACACCGAGAGCGGAAAGAGUUGAAAGACAAGAUGUCCCUACAAAUUUUCCAGAGUUAGGGGAACAACACCCUUUUGGAUUUAGCAGAAGCAGAUCCGGACGAGGAAGUCCAGGUGGAAACCUAAAUCCCGCAGACCUCGCCAUCAUCGAAACAGAAUACCCUGAACUGGAUCCCCAGAUGUACAGGAGAGUUCCAGGGUUGCUUGAUAGAUCGGCGCACGUCCCACGAGGAGAUAGCAUGAGACAACAUCCUGGACCGUCUGGGUCGAUGCCUCGUGGGGGAAGUUGCCAUUGUAGUCGCAACAUCGAAGCAUCCCCUCGAGGUCCAGCCAGAGGAGCAAACAUCCCCUGCAGUCAUGCCCACAACAUUCGAGGAUCCGACUUGCAACGUGGCACUCACAAAAUACUUACGAGGUUAACGUGUGUUCCAGAUGAACCUAUAAAGUGUGAUUCAGGGAUACAACACAUUAUUCAUAUUUACUGCCAAUGUGGAGAAACAAGAGUUAGAAGUGGCGGAGCAGAUGAGAUGGGAUCAUUACAAGGAAUGUCUUCUUCAAGAAGAAGAGCCAGAGAUCCAAACAGAUGUGUUUCUUUCAGAAACUAA